AAGAUGAAACUAGAAGCACGAACACUACACACCGUUUUCAUCAACCCCAACUGAGAGAUAAACGGCAAGGCUUUCGCAAUUGAAAUUCUCACAGUGGUUAAAGGCACUUGGAUCGAUGGUGCCUUAGGCUUCAUUCAUCAUCUUGCUACAUAACCGUAGAGGAAGACGAAUAGGUUUGAUCUGCCGAGGUAAUAAUUAAACUGCAAUUAGAUUAUAUAUAAUUGCGUGAAGAAAAGAGAAAUGGUGGGUGGCAAGAAGAAAACCAAGAUAUGUGACAAAGUGUCACAUGAGGAAGAUAGGAUAAGCCAGUUACCGGAACCUUUGAUAUCUGAAAUACUUUUUCAUCUUUCUACCAAGGACUCUGUCAGAACAAGCGCUUUGUCUACCAAAUGGAGAUAUCUUUGGCAAUCGGUUCCUGGAUUGGACUUAGACCCCUACGCAUCCUCAAAUACCAAUACAAUUGUGAGUUUUGUUGAAAGUUUUUUUGAUUCCCACAGGGAUUCAUGGAUACGCAAACUCCGUUUAGAUUUGGGUUAUCAUCAUGAUAAGUAUGAUCUCAUGUCAUGGAUUGAUGCUGCGACUACGCGUAGGAUUCAGCAUCUUGAUGUUCAUUGUUUUCACGAUAAUAAGAUACCCUUGAGCAUAUAUACAUGCACGACGUUGGUACACUUACGACUCCGUUGGGCUGUCUUGACUAAUCCCGAGUUUGUUUCCUUACCUUGUCUGAAGAUCAUGCAUUUUGAAAAUGUUAGCUAUCCCAAUGAGACCACGUUGCAGAAACUUAUCUCAGGCUCUCCAGUUCUAGAAGAAUUAAUACUCUUCAGCACUAUGUAUCCUAAGGGAAACGUUUUACAAUUGCGCUCUGAUACGCUAAAGAGACUCGAUAUCAAUGAGUUUAUUGACGUUGUGAUUUAUGCACCUCUACUCCAGUGUCUGAGGGCUAAGAUGUACUCAACAAAGAACUUUCAGAUCAUCAGUUCGGGUUUCCCUGCCAAACUAGAUAUUGAUUUCGUCAAUACUGGUGGGAGAUACCAAAAAAAAAAAGUGAUUGAAGAUAUCCUCAUCGAUAUUUCGAGGGUCAGGGAUCUAGUUAUUAGUAGUAAUACUUGGAAGGAAUUCUUUCUAUACUCAAAGUCAAGACCAUUGCUCCAGUUUCGUUACAUAUCCCAUUUGAAUGCUAGAUUUUAUAUAUCUGAUCUUGAAAUGUUGCCAACGCUUCUUGAGAGCUGCCCAAAACUUGAAUCUCUCAUAUUGGAAAUGGUCAAGAACCAAUCCACGCGACGUCAUGGGGAGAAGCGAGAACCAAAUGUGAUGGUUUCAACAGUGCCUUGGUGUUUGGUAUCGUCGCUCAAGUUUGUGGAAUUGAAACGUUCAAUCCCAAGGCUCAAUGUUUACUACACGAAGAAGGCAAAGUGUGCCUUCCUUACAGAACUCGUUGCAAUACCAAGAUGCUCUAGCACAUGUGUAGUCCUUGUUCUUUAAUUACUUGAAAGGUAUUGAUGAACUUUUCGUUUAAGGUCAAUCUUUUGGUCGUUAAAUUAGUUGAUUUUCGGAGGCUUUGAGCCACAUGUAAAUUUUGCAGUUAAGUCCUUCUUAUGCUGGUUGCUGCUCAUGUAAUAAUCAUCAAUCACCAAGUUUGUUUCGAAUUUGAUGGAUACUUCCACCAAGUCGCUGUCAAAUAUUUUGUAUGCUCCCAUGGAUAAUUAUUUUGUAUUUUUGUAACUGCAUGGUGAUUCCUUACAUUUCAGGCUUGUUAGCUUUGCAAUUUUGUUAUUUGUAUUUUGGUUUGAGUUAAUUACGAGUUGGAUUGUUCUUCUUACCUACUUUAUGGUUCCUCUGAAUAAUCUAUUCGUAGUCUU